AACGUACAGGAUAGAACCAGUGAGGAUGACAGUCAGUUGGCGACCGGUGAACCGGACGAAGAUGUGCCUCAGCCAGAUGAGGAUGAGCCAUGUGAAGAAUGGGAACGAUUUGAGGCGUUACAUGAUGAUCCAUACAAGAUUACUCGUUCGGACAAAGCGAAUUUGAAGUACGAAGACAAGGUUGAACUGCCGUGGGAGAAAGGCGGUCCUGGACUGGUUUUUCACACAGACGAACGUACUUGGCGCAAAAUGGAUCCACUACGCAAAGAAGAACUGUUUGACGAACCAGCUUCAUUCGAUUGGGAUGUGGACAUGGAACCGUACGAGAAUCCAUCUGAACUCCCUAUCGGUCCAACUCCAACCGGUCACUGGGGUUCGGCUCGGGAUACAUAUGACCUGAUCGAUAUUCAACGAUCUAGGGAGCAAAUAGACCCACCUAAACUCGGUCUAGACGCUAUCGGGACGCUUCAUCACCAAACUUAUGCAAAGCAGCCAUUUCCGUGCGAUGCGGAUCCAGUUAUCAAUCAGCAUCCGGAAGGGAAGCAACACCAGAAGGUGCUUUUUCAUCAUCUCAGCACAUUCGCCUUCCAACUGCAGUUCUGA